UUCCCGUCAUGUCAUUCGCAACCAUCGCAGCCUUUGAAGAGUUAACGUGUUGUUAUGGCGUCUUUAUUGUUUGCGGAGGUGGGAAGUUCCGCCCACCGGAUCAACUCCGCCCCUUCGCCUCCGCCUCCUCGUCCUCCUAUCUCGCUAUUGGGCGCGGCGACCGUCACUCAUUCUUUACUCCUUCUCUGCUGAAAAAAAAAAAAAAAAACAGAGUGGCGAAGCAAAAGAAAGCACGAGCGAGAAAAGUUCUCGCGUGCGCCCUUACAUACUUACUCGCAGUUUAAACCGUGGUGCUCGCGCAGCGGCGGUUGAAGCGGCGUCGGUUGUGAGUUAGAGCGUGUGGACAUUACCGCGGCGCGCGAGAGGGCGUCUCACCAAGGGUUUCGGCGAAGGGAUAAGAGGUCGUCGGUGGUUGGCGGUAAAGCUGGUUAGGCGGGUAUUUCACGAACGCGUUUCUAGGAGCCAGGUAUGUCCCGGUGUACCGGGAGAGCUUGGUCUCUCUCUGUCUCGUGCGCGCGCGUGCGUCUUGAGCGCAGUGAAGCAGGUGCUCUAAAUACACGCUUGUGAUUAAAUAAACAACAUUUUAGCGCAUAACACCGGGACAGGGACAUUAGUAUAUUAAUGGGUUUUGGGACUGUGUUUGAUUAUUGUAGCGAUAAAUAAGUUAAAUAUUAAUAUCAGGCGGGUUUGUUAUUUGUUUUAAAGUUUUGUGCCGUUUGAAAAUUUAAAACAGCGAUGUAGAUAGAGCGCGCGCCAGGGCUCGUGCCGCUCGAGUUUGCUUUAGGUGUAAGCGGUUUCCGUGGAAAACGCCGCACUAAGAUAUUUAAGGAAUUCUUCCGAGCACCGUUCACUCCCUGCUUUCUUACUCACUUCCUUCUUCACUCGCAGCAAACUUUAUUAUUCUUAUUAUUAUUAAUUUUGUCACGCCAUGAAAGUCGCCGCACUACAGCCUGCACGCGCGUGCUGAGCUCGAGACCAUCCUGGAGGACCAACCGACUGACCGACCGAGAGCGAGCGAGAGACCAGCGCGCGGGUCAAGGAGGACAACCAUAGCUAAUUGUCUUUACUGAAGCAAAAAAAAAAAAAAACCUGGACUAUGUCUAAAACGCUGAAGAAGAAGAAGCACUGGGCGAACAAAGUGCAGGAGUACGCGGUGUCCUGGGGCGGCGGAGAGCUGAGCUCCGUGCUGGAGAUCCGCGGCGGCGCCGAGCACGGAGAGUUCCCGUACCUAAGCCAGGGCGCGUCUUCGACUUCAUCAUCAUCAUCGGCGGCGCUGCGGUGGCACUCGUGCAGAGCGCCGAGUCCUGGAGACGUGCUGCUCGAGGUGAACGGCACGCCCGUGAGCGGCCUCACGCACCGCGACACGCUCGCCGUCAUCCGCCACUUCCGGGAGCCCGUGCGCCUCAAGACCGUCAAACCGGGUAAGGUGUUGAACACGGACCUGCGCCAUUACCUCAGCCUACAGUUCCAGAAAGGCUCCCUGGACCACAAGCUCCAGCAAGUGAUACGGGACAACUUGUACCUCCGCACCAUCCCCUGUACCACAAGACAGCCGCGGGAGGGCGAGGUUCCCGGAGUGGACUAUAACUUCAUCAGCGUGGAGGAUUUUCGUGUUCUGGAGGAAAGCGGGCUGCUGCUGGAGAGCGGAACGUACGAUGGUAAUUACUACGGCACUCCCAAACCUCCGGCCGAGCCCAGCCCCGUGCAGCCUGACCUGGUGGACCAGGUGCUGUUUGACGAGGAGUUCGAAACCGAGGUGCAGCGUAAAAGGACCACCUCCGUCAGUAAGAUGGAGAGGAAGGAUAGUGCGGCGCCAGAGGAAGAAGACGACGACGAGAGGCCGGCACUUGUGAACGGGAUCACGGAGCACAAAGAAGGCACUGAUUGGAGGAAGACGGUGCCGAGCUACACGCAGCCCGGCAGCGCCAUGGACCUCGGGGCCUGGAGCAUGCUGCCCGGGGACGAGACCCAGGAGACUCUGCCUAAGAAUUGGGAGAUGGCCUACACCGAGACCGGCAUGGUCUACUUCAUAGAUCACAAUACGAAAACUACAACCUGGCUGGACCCACGGCUGGCUAGGAAAGCAAAACCCCCUGAGAAAUGUGACGAGGGAGAGCUGCCGUACGGAUGGGAGAGGAUCGAGGACCCACAAUAUGGCACCUACUAUGUGGACCACAUCAAUCAGAAGACACAGUUCGAGAACCCUGUGAUGGAGGCCAAGAAGAAGCACAUCCACGAGGCGCCCGCGGCGAGCCAGCCAGGACCGAUGGCCUCAGAGGACGGCUCUCUGAGGGGUUUCACACGCGACCCGACGCAGCUACACGGGACGAUGUUGCGCACAGCCCUGAGGAAAAGCACGCAGGGUUUUGGCUUCACCAUCAUUGGCGGAGACAGACCAGACGAGUUCCUGCAGGUGAAAAACGUGCUGAGGGACGGCCCCGCGGCGCAGGACAACAAGAUCGCCCCUGGUGAUGUCAUCGUAGAGAUCAACGGCACAUGUGUGCUAGGUAAAACCCAUGCCGACGUGGUGCAGAUGUUUCAGUCAGUGGCCGUGAACCAGUACGUGGACAUGGUGCUGUGCCAAGGCUACCCCCUUCCCGAGGACGCCCGUGACGAGGCUGCAGGAGAGGUCGCACCGCCAGCCAAUCAGCACCUGGUUUUACCCGACGGCCGACCGGAAGACACCCCCGAACUCACUUUGCUGCAACCUGAGCUGGUGAGCGUGACGCUGGCGAAAGGCCCGAGCGGAUUCGGGUUUGCCAUCGCCGACUGCCCGCUGGGCCAGAAGGUGAAGAUGAUCCUAGACGCUCAGUGGUGCCGCGGCCUGCUCAAAGGCGACGUGAUUAAAGAGAUCAACCGGCGGAACGUGCAGACGCUGAGCCACACGCAGGUGGUGGACAUCCUGAAAGAGCUGCCCCUCGGCUCUGAGGUCAACAUGCUCGUGCUCAGAGGAGGUCAGACAUCUCCUGUGAAGUCUCUGAAGCCCUCUGCCACGGCAAUGCCAAUACAGAUGCCAGUGAGCCAGAAGCACGAGCUGACCACCACCACACUCAGCACGGACAGUCCAAGUCCCGUUGAGCCGUACCCCCAGAUGCUCCCCCAGACGCACCCCCAAACUCUGCCACAAACCCUGCCUCAAGCUCUUCCUCAAUCACUCCCUCAAGCUCCUCCCCAGUCACUGCCCUUCCCUCCUAAUGUGGUACGCUCCAACUCACCCAAACUGGAUCCAUCUGAACUCUACCUCAAAUCCAAAGCCAUCGUUGAUAGCAAGCCUACAAACACCAAGGAACUGGACGUGUUUAUUAAAAGGAACCAGGAGUCCGGCUUUGGCUUUAGAGUGCUGGGCGGGGAAGGAACAGAUCAGCCUGUGUACAUCGGUGCCAUCGUUCCACUCGGAGCAGCAGAGAAGGACGGGCGCCUGCGGGCGGGUGAUGAGCUCAUGUGUAUCGACGGAGUUCCUGUAAAGGGAAAAUCCCACAAGCAGGUCCUGGAGCUUAUGACCAACGCCGCACGCAACGGCCAGGUCUUGCUCACAGUGCGCAGAAAGCUCAUCUACGCAGAAGGAAGAGAGGACGAUGGCGGCCCGGCGCAGGCAGCUCCCCCUCAGGUCAACGGCUCUCCCAGAGCUCCUCACGCAGACGCUCCCACCGUGAACCAGCCAGAGCCGUACGACGUCACGCUGCAGCGCAGAGACAACGAGGGCUUUGGCUUCGUCAUCCUCACUUCAAAGAACAAACCACCACCAGGGGUGAUUCCUCAUAAGAUCGGACGGAUCAUCAAGGGCAGCCCCACGGAACGAUCCGGAAGGCUCAAGGUGGGUGACCGCAUCUCAGCCGUUAACGGCCAGUGCAUCGUCGAGCUCUCACACAAUGACAUCGUGCAGCUGAUCAAGCAGGCCGGCAACACCGUAACUCUCACCGUGCUCCCUGAAGAAGAGCACAGCGGCCCUCCGUCCGCCACAAGUUCAGCCAAGCAAAGCCCAGUGGCUCAGCACAAAGCCAUGGGACAGCAGCCUGCCAGCCGUGAUGACGGUAACGGCCCGGAGACGGAUGAGAGAGAAGAGGGUGUGGCCUGGAGUAACUACAGAUCCCUCCCAAAGAAUGAGAUCACCUCCAAGCAGGGCUGUUUCCCCGUGGAGCUGGAAAGAGGGCCACGUGGCUUUGGCUUUAGUUUACGAGGAGGAAAGGAGUACAACAUGGGUCUCUUCAUCCUGAGACUGGCCGAGGACGGCCCAGCGCUAAAGGACGGCAGAAUACAUGUGGGAGAUCAGAUAGUAGAAAUCAAUGGCGAGCCAACCCAAGGCAUCACACACACUCGGGCGAUCGAGCUUAUCCAAGCAGGAGGCACUAAGGUGCUGCUGCUGCUGCGGCCGGGCCAGGGCCUGAUUCCUGACCACAGUGUUAUGGAGACGGUGACGACUCCACCUGCAAACUAUCCAAAGUACCCUGCACCUGAUGAGCCAUCAAUGCUACCAGCUUUGUCCUCCACCUCUCUCCUGUCCCCCGAGGGUGUGUCAGUCCCUUCUCCCUCCCGUGGUCUCCAUCAACAACACCGGGAUCGCAGAGAACCCAGGGCAAGCAACUCCAGCCUGUUUCCCCGUGACACCACUCCUAGCCCCCAGAAAUUAGAUUCGCGCACAGAAGGCAAAGAGCGUUCACGUAGUCCGAGAAAAAUAGAAAAGAAGCCUUCAGUUUUUGUGCAAAACAAAAAUGCCAGUGCCAGCACUCAGAGUCUAGACUUAUACAUGGACAGAAAAGCCCAAGGGCAAAAAGACAGAGGCGGUCGCUCAGCAAGCCCUAGAAAGAGUCCCAGAAAGGAACAAGAGACUGGCACCAGACAGCCAUUUAAGGGAUAUGAAGAACCACAGAGGUAUUUCGAUGGGCAACAUUUUAAUUACGGAUCUGGUGGGAACCUUUUCAAAGAGGAAGAAUUCGACCCCCGACAGGACAAGGAGACCGGAGAGACGUGGCCUGAGGUUCCCAGAUCGGAUAACGAACGGCGUCACAGGGAGAAAGGGGUUGAUCGGUCCCAAUCCCAGAUCCUUAUUGACAGGGCCAUGCCAGAGCAUCAGCCUACGAGCAUGAACCGCCAUCGAGACCCCAGAGAAGGCCGGCACAGAGGGGGAGCAGCCGAGGAGACCAAAAGGGAUACGAGGGGGUCUAGCAGUAUCCCAUCAGAGACUUCCUGGAAUGGGAACCCCAGCAACAAGAAAUCUCCCAUCAGCCCAGGUCCAUGGAAGGUCCCCAGCUCUGCGAAGAUGCAUUCUCAGGUGGAUGGGCUCUGAUGCUUGGUUGGGGUUUUAUCAAAAAUUCCAGGACACUCACUCUGAAUCACUGUGCAUAUUUUUUUACGUGACUUGUACAGCAUACCGUCUUCGCCGACUUUCAGACGACACGUCAAGUCCACGGUAAUCCGUGUUAUGAGUUUCCAUAACCUCCUGUCCAGGUUGGUUGGGCUUGUCCCACCAAUGACGACAACCUGUUGGUCUCGUAUCGUGCCAAUCAGAGACUCAUGCUGGAAAGACGUGACACAAAUCCUGUGAGGUGCGACCACUGAAUCCUGUGUUUUCCGGAGUUGUGAAGGAGUGUUUUUAAUUUCUUUUGUUUCUUUUUUAUUUUGUUUAAUAAUUAUUAUUUGGGAUUUGACGUGUACAGUCUUUUACCUUGUUUGAAUAACAGUCUGUCCCUAAUGCAUCUGUGCAGUUUGCUUCAUCAUUGCAUGUACAAUUUGAUCAAACAAUGCUACUCGUGUACACACUGAAUGAAGCGAGGCCAGCGUUGCCAGCAUUGGCUUUGAUUCAUUGUUAGCUGCAUUAGCAGUGCCUGAUUACGCUCUGAGUCACCGAGCGUAAUCAGAAUGCACAUGUAUUAUUUAAGCCUAACAUCACGGUUAUCAGCUUCGCAGUGGUUCGUCUUUUUUCCUGACCAGAUACUUGUGCUUUGGUAUAUCGUUUAAGACAUGUGAGCUUAUGAAGAACACUAUGUAAUUUAUUGAAAUGGAAAAGUAAUAUUUCUGUAAUCAUAUGUAAACCUUGUGCACCAGAUCCUAAAGCACUUGAUUUAUUCGUCCCUGCUUUAGGGUUGCUGACUCUGGGUGCACAACACGCUUUAGGGUAUGUAUUUUUCACAGUGCUGUAGCCUUCACAAUUAUGCAUUGUGUAUCAUAUAGCAAGGUGUAUGUACAUUGGGGGAAGUAAAUGAACUAAAUACUUAUUUAGUCAUAUCAUAUUAUUAAAUGAAGGUAAAAUUGGGAUGUUUUUGAUAAAUCAUAUUUUUUUCAUACAAUCUAACAUAUAUUUUGUCAUAUUUCUUUAUCUUUAAUUUUUUUUUUUACUAAAACUAAUACAUAUAUGGAUCAACGUUAAGGUAGCCAGAUAUUAUUGGAGAACAGGUUGGUGUGAAAUGGAAGUCUAUAUUGUCACUAUAUAAGGUCUAUGCGUGUUAAAAGCCAAAUUGAUAUGUAACGGUUAUUACUUUAAAUCCAUGUAGCUCAUCAAAUGUAGCUGACUUGGCCAUGUGUCUAUGUGGGUUUUGCGUCCUGAUUUAUAAAUGAUAUAUUUCAUAAAAUUUAGUAACAAUUAAAAAAAAACAGUAUCUCUUCCUAUUUAUGUACGAUUGUGAUUGUGUACACAGAUAUGAGAAGAGUGGCAGCUUUAAUACUUGUGCGAUUGAUUUCGAUUUCUUAUUCCACCCUAUAAUAAGAUCAUUUGUCGAUGUAUCGUUGAUCAUUUUGCAAUAAUAUAAGUUUAUAUCAUGCCAUCACAUGGUGUUUAAGAACUGAAAUCUGUUAAGUUCUGAUCAAAAAUGUGAAGACUUUUACAAACUAUCGGAAUGUAUUUUUUUUGGUUUUUUUUUACUGAAAAAUGAAACUGGGUUUGUUGUUCGAUUCCUGUGGUUCAUUUCCUUGUGUGUAUAUCAUCUCAUCUUAUCUCAUAUCAUGUAUAUGAAACUGUGGCCUUGUUUUGCUUUAUUUUAAAGAAGAAGAAGGAAAAAAGGACCUUCAGGUCUCUACAUUGUGGUAGUUGUAAAUGUUUAUAAAAUGUACAGCAACUGGUUAAAUACUUGCCUUCAUUCAGAAAAAAAAACCUGUAAAUCACCCCUUUUUUUUAAGUAAUUAAAAAAAGAUGAGAAUAUAUAUAUAUAUGUAAAAGAAUUGAAUCUGGUCAUGAUCUUCUGUUCAUGCACUGAAAAAUAAAAUUUUAAAGGAA